AUGCACAGAGGGAUCCAGGCGGACGCUCUGGACACCCCGGAGGCAUCCCCGACUAGGGCGUCCACUGCGGACACGGCCGAACUGGGGACGGACCCCGAUGUCAGAUUUGUGCUCUUCGAGUCGGACACUGAUGCCUCCGCGGAGGACGACCCGCUGGAGGGGUUCGGCGGCGCGAGCAGCAUGCUCGAGCAGAUCCAGCUCCGUGGUUUGCCAGCCAUCCUGAGGACCAGGGGCGCACAAUGUUCGCCAGCGCUGGCUCCGAGUUGGACUCUUGUGAAACACACAUACGUAACUAACAGGGUGCGAGCAAUCUAG